AUGGCAGAGGACAAGCUACGCAGGCGACUCAAAUCUUUCUUCAGAAAGGACGCUUCAGGUAAAUCAUUUCUGACUAAUAAAGAGGAAGAAUCCGGAUCACCCUCUCCGUCUGUGCAUUCGGCCGAUCUACCGAUUCGUACCACGACGAGUGAUUCGAGAACUCAACCAGCAGCCAACCAGCUAACACCCGGUGUGGAGCAUGGGGAAAUAUCUCUCUGGGACAAGGCAUAUGAUUCAUUGAGGAAUGACAAGCCAGAGCUAGUCUCCUUAUAUGAGGACCUGCUUUCCCGAGUCCUCAACAACGCGAAAGCAAAAAACUCAAUAUCUCAACCUAAUCAAACGAAUGAUACAUCUCAGAUACCUAACGAGAUCCCCCAGAAUGACACAAUUGCGCGGCAUGAAAAGCUUAGCCAAGUUACGGAGCUCGGGCUACAAUACGUGGAAGAUCGCGCGGCCAAGGAGUUAGUGAAAGAUGCCAUCAAAGACGUCCCAUAUGCGCCCGCGGUCAUGGCAGGGAUUGCGUUGAUACUUCCACUUCUCAAGAACCCAGCGACGGUUGAGGCUGCAAACAAUGAGGGUUUCACAUAUGUGACAUCACAAAUGCGAUACUAUAUUGCCAUGGAAGGACUUCUUUUGCCCGACAUAAAAGCUGAUGUAAAAAGUGAUCUCACGGAAAGAGUAAUUGAUUUGUACAAAAGCAUCAUUGAUUUUCAACUGCAGAGCGUGAUCAGAUUCUAUCACAGUCGGACCAAAAACUAUUUUCGAAGCGUCUUCAAGUACGAUAACUGGACUGAUAUGGUGAAAAAUAUCCAGACCAGCGAAACUGAGCUCCAUCAGAAGCUAGAGCAGGUCGCAUCGAGGGUCAAUAUUGAGCUACUCGACAAGCUCUCUCGGGAAGCCCAAGCCUCAAGACAGGAGUUGGCCAAUAUAAUUGGCGAGAUUCAGGAGCUGGUCAAGAUUUCUCGCGGCAUAGCCGAGCAAUGGUCAGAAGCCGAGAAUCGACGAUGUCGUGAGACACUACAAGCGACUGAUCCGAGUCUUGACAAAGAUCGCAUUGAGGAAAGCAAGGGUGGCCUUUUGAAAGACUGCUAUACUUGGAUCCUUGAACAUACUGAAUUUCAGAGAUGGAGUCUUGGAGAUUAUGGACAGAUGCUGUGGAUUAAAGGGGAUCCCGGAAAGGGCAAAACGAUGCUAGUUUGUGGAAUAAUCGAUGAACUGUCGCAGCCAGGCUCGCAAGACACCAUACUCUCUUAUUUCUUCUGCCAGGCGACACACGAUACUAUCAACAACGCUGCGGCUGUGCUUCGCGGACUUAUCUACAUGCUUGUUCGACAGCAGCCCUCACUUCUUGAACAUAUUCGCGACACCUCUUUUGAAGGUCUGAAUGCUUGGACUGCCCUUUCGAAGGCUUUUACCAAGAUCAUCGAAGAUAUAGAGUCAGAAAGCAUCUUCUUAAUUAUUGAUGCGCUCGAUGAGUGCAUCAUUGGCCUAGACAGUCUACUCUCCUUCAUUUCGCAAAAGUCCGCCCAGCAUCCAAAGGUCAAAUGGCUUGUCUCUAGUCGAAACUGGCCACGAAUUGAUAAAGAUCUUGAGGGUGCUGCGGAGAUCAAGCUUAGGCUAGAACUAAAUGAAAGUUCCGUCUCGGUCGCUGUGCAAAGAUUCACUGAGUACAAGAUCAAUUGGCUGGCUGAGAGGAACAAAUACAGUACAGAAACUCGUGAUUUUGUUCGCAGAUAUCUUCUCUCAAAUGCUAGAGGUACCUUUCUAUGGGUAUCCUUGGUUUGCAAAGAGCUCAGCAGCAUCGACAGGUGGAAUGUUCAGAAGAGAAUUGUGGAAUUCCCACCAGAUCUCGAUGAAUUAUACAAACGUAUGCUCUCACAAGUCUGCGAGUCAGAUAAUUCUCAGAUCUGCAUGGCUUUCCUUGGUGUCAUUUCCAUGGUUUAUCGCCCCCUCAACCUAGAGGAACUGGUUACUCUCGUCGAGAUUCCCGAGGAGCUCCGAGGUGAUCAUGAGGCUGUUGGGGAAAUUAUCAGACUUUGCGGCUCUUUCUUAACCCUGAGAGGUCAUACAGUCUCGCUGGUCCACCAGUCUGCAAAAGACUUUCUGUUAAGUCGAGCUUCACCGCAACUAUAUCCGGAUGGCACAGAAGUUAUACAUCAUGGAAUCUUUCUCCGGUCUUUACAAACAAUUUCUCGUGUCCUUAAAGAGGACAUAUACGAUAUUAGGGACCCUGCCUUCGACAUUCUGGAUUUAAAAGCCCACGACCCAGAUCCAUUAGCACCGGCUAAAUACGCCUGCAUUCAUUGGGUUGACCAUCUAAGCAGUUGGAAAUCUGCCUCAAGCACACUGGGUCGACAAGACGAUACCUUGAUUGAAUUAUUUUUCACAAAAAACCUACUUCAUUGGAUCGAGGCUCUGUCUCUCAUCCGGAACCUUCCUGGCGGGAUAGACUCCAUGUUGCGGCUCGGGGAUAUGAUCAAGGGAGACACUGGCAUUUCUCAUCUCAGCAACCGCGCACAGGAUGCGUCUCGAUUCAUGAUCUACCACAGGCAAAUAAUCGAUCAGCACCCACUCCAAAUAUACGCAUCUUCGCUGAUAUUCAGUCCAAUACAGAGCAUUACCAAGACCCAAUUCAAGCCAUUGAGUUGGAUUAUUGGCAGCCCAGCGAUAGAACAGAAUUGGAGCUCCUGUCUACUCACAAUCGAAAAUACAAAGGAUUACUCUCCCAGUCUAGAAAACAUAGCUUGGUCACCCGAUGGAACCCAGAUCGCCUCACAAGAUUAUGUCGACGUCAAAAUCUGGAAUUCUAUGACGGGUCAAUGCACAGCAACUCUUCGUGGUCACACCGACCAGGUUAUCGCCUUGGCCUGGUCACAAGGUGGCAGGCUUGCCUCGGCAUGUCAAGCUGGGGAAGUUCGGAUCUGGGAUACUAUCACCCACCAGUGUUCCAAAGUGUUCAAAGGCGAGGAUGGCUAUCUCUUUGCUCUUGUCUGGUCACCUGAUGGGUCCCAAAUAGCACGAACAACAAUACCAGUCUCUUGGACUCCCAAUUACGUCAUGCUCAAGAAGAUCGACUGGAGACAGGAAGGUCUGGUCUGGGACACGGUUACUGGAGAGGAAAUCUCGAAUGUCAGGCCGUUUCUCUCGUUGGGUUGGUCGAUGGGUAGAUUUCUAACUAUCUCUCCUCUCGGAGUCGAUGGUGUUUCCAUUCAAGAAUUCGCAACCGGACAGGAAGUAUGUGUUUUGAAAGACACUCUAGAUCAAGAGUACUCUUCUGCUCCCUUUGAGAAGGUAUUCUGGGGACCAGAUCAAAUCGCGAUAAGCCAUCACACCCAUAUCAAUAUUUGGGACAUCAAAACCUGCACGCUCGUAUCCACGCUCCGGUAUCUUCCUGGAGAUAUGUCUUCUCCAAUCACUACGCUAUCUUGGUCCCAAGACGGGAUAAGGAUCGCAUCUGGGAAUGCCAAAAUGACAGCAGUGUACAUCUGGGACGAGAGGUCUACACAGGAAACGCUGCUUUUUGAACACAGAGGUUCGACUCACACUCUUUUAUGGUCACCUAAUAGCACAAAGCUGGCAUCCUGCUCGCAGGAUGGGGCAAUUCGAAUCUGGGAUCCUGCAUUUGGUGAAAGUGCUACUACUACUACCUCUACGGCUCUUGAUCUCCAUCCAGAGCCGGUUAAAAAGUUGACGUGGUCGCCAAACUUGAAAUACUUAGUAUCGUCGUCGCCUCUCGCAGAUGAUACCAAUGGAUCUCGUUGGACUAACUGGACUACCUGUAAGGUCUGGGAUCCUUCAACUAGUCAAUGUCUACUCAACCGUGAGUCAGUGGGAAGCCAUACCUGGUCACCGGAUGGCAAUAGAAUUGCCCUAAUGACUGAACACGGCAUCGAAAUGCACAGCCUCGAGAACGCGACAUACAAUUCUAUGUCGAAAUCGCCUGGUUUCAACUCCCCUCCCAGCCAAGCCUUCAGUCCGCAUUGUCUAUUGGCUUGGUCACACCACGGAGACACGCUAGCAUGCUCAUGGCUCACCGGUAUCACUAGCUUCUGGAGUGUAACGAGCGAUUUCUCACUUGGAGCUCUUGAUCAAGAUGUGAAAUUCUUCGAUAAAGCAUCUCCAGAAAAACCUUCUCUCUGGUCUAACGCAUCUCGUCACAUCCAAGCUCUAUCCUGGUCUGAAGAUGACAGCGCCCUUGCGAUAGCAGCAACAGAUGAAAUCAAGAUCUUGGACAUGAAAACAAAUCAAUGGACAAUAAGCAUUGGCGAUCAAUCGCCGCUCCCGGAAUCGGAAUUCAGAACGCUAGCGUGGUCGAAGGAUGGAACUCGAAUCGCAGCAUCGGGCUAUCAUUGGGUCAAAAUGUGGUCGGUAGCAGGUGAUCUUCUGGCAAAUAUUGAGAUACCUCGACUUGAAUCUCGCGGAUGUCUCGUUGGAAACAUUCCGGGAGAGACGUGCUACAUAAGCCACAUUGAUGAUGUCCAGUUCGAUGGCUCAAGUCGGGAUAGAUUGCGGGUUGUUUAUGACGAGAUCUAUACGAGCUACUAUCAAUUACCUGAUGUUCUCCCAGAUACUGAUCCCUUGGCCCAUUUCUCUCAGCCAAUCCUCGGGUAUGGCUGGGACUCUGUUGGAAACUGGAUCACGUAUGAAGGAACACGAAUUCUCAAGGUACCCGCAGAAUACCGAGUUCAAGAGUGGGCAGCUGCCACUGUUGGAGGAAAGCUUGCUUUGGGUUGUCGAUCAGGUCAGGUUUUGAUAUUCCAAUUUUCCCAUUCGCCAUGA